AUGCUUUCAGGAUAUGAUGAUCCACAAAGGAUGUUCAAAUGUCGAGGUACUUUUGUUGGGCAUCAGGGUCCUGUAUGGUGUCUAUGUGUAUAUGGAGAUUAUCUGUAUAGUGGGUCUUCCGACAAAACUAUAAAGGUGUGGGACACAAGCACCAGUUAUAAAUGUACAAAAACUCUUGAGGGACACACGGGUAUAGUGCUGACUUUGUGUGUGUAUGGGAAUAAACUCUACAGUGGUUCUCAUGACUGUAAUAUCAUUGUCUGGAGUAUUGACUCUUUGGAAAGAGUAAAAACCAUUGAAUCCCAUGAUAAUCCAGUCUGUACAUUAGCAUCAGCAAGAAAUAAAUUGUUCAGUGGUUCUCUGAAGGUGAUACGGGUAUGGGAUGCACAGACAUAUGAGCUAAAAAAGGAAAUAACUGGUCUUAAUCACUGGGUUCGUGCCCUUGUUGCAACACAUAAUCAUCUCUACAGCGGAUCUUAUCAAACCAUUAAGAUUAGACCAAACUUUAUUAACAAUAGCAAUUUUUUUUUUUUUUUUUCCUCUCUUUCUUUCCUCUCUUUCUUUUUUUUUUUCCUCUUUUUCCUCUUUCUUUCCUCUCUUUCUUUCCCUCUCUUUCUUUCCUCUUUGCUCUUUCCUCUUUCUUUCCUCUUUCCUCUUCUUUCUUUCCUCUUUUGCUCUUUCCUCUCUUUUUCUCUUUUCUCUCUUUCCUCUUUGCUCUUUCCUCUCUUUCUUUCCUCUUUGCUCUUUCCUCUCUUUCUUUCCUCUUUGCUCUUUCCUCUCUUUCUUUCCUCUUUGCUCUUUCCUCUCUUUCUUUCCUCUUUGCUCUUUCCUCUCUUUCUUUCCUCUUUGCUCUUUCUCUCUUUCUCUCUUUCCUCUCUUUCUUUUCUUUCUUUCUCUUUGCUCUUUUCCUCUCUUUUCUUUCCUCUUUCCUCUUUGCUCUUUCCUCUCUCUUUCUCUUUCUUUUUUCCCUCUUUGCUCUUUCCUCUCUCUUUUCCUCUUUUUCUUUUUCCUCCUUUGCUCUUUUUCUUUGCUCUUUCCUCUCUUUCUUUCCUCUUUGCUCUUUCCUCUUUCUUUUCUUUUCCUCUCUUUCUUUGCUCUUUUCCUUUCCUCUUUCUCUUUCUUUCCUCUUUGCUCUUUCCUCUCUUUCUUUUCCUCUUUGCUCUUUCCUCUCUCUCUUUCUUUCCUCUUUGCUCUCCUCUCUUUCUUUCCUCUUUGCUCUUUCCUCUUUUUUCCUCUUUGCUCUUUCCUCUCUUUCUUUCCCCUCUUUUCUCUUUCUUUCCUCUUUCUUUCCUCUCUUUUCUCUCUUUGCUCUUUCCUCUCUUUCUUUCCUCUUUGCUCUUUCCUCUCCUCUUUUCUUUCCUCUCUUUCUUUCCUCUCUCUUUCCUCUCUUUCUUUCCUCUUUCUCUUUUCCUCUUUUUUGCUCUUUCCUCUUUCCUCUUUUCUCUUUCUUUCCUCUUUGCUCUUUCUUUCCUCUUUUGCUCUUUCCUCUCUUUCUUUCCUCUUUGCUCUUUUCCUUUCUUUUUCUUUUUUCCUUUCUUUCCUCUCUUUCCUCUCUUUCUUUCCUCUUUGCUCUUUCCUCUCUUUCUUUCCUCUUUGCUCUUUCCUCUCUUUCUUUCCUCUUUGCUCUUUCCUCUUUGCGAUUUCAUGAAGAUCAUAACUCAAAUGAUAAAGGAUUUCUCUUAA